AACUCAACAUAAACAAAAAGCGGAUGUGUUUUGGAAAGUUCGGUUCUGUUCUGACGAAAUUCAAACUUAAUUAAUAGUAAAAUAGUGCAAACGCCACAAGAAAACUAUCUAACCAUGGCCGCUAUGGUAGGGCCUUCCGGUGGACAAUCGACGGCAUCGGUUUGUCGGUUGUGCUUCACAGAGCGGCGGCAGCACGAGUUGGCAUUCAUCGGAUCUCAGCUCCAAGAGUGGAUCGAGAUGCUGACUUCUGUCAAGAUUGUCCACGUUCCGAAUGCGCCCACGUCGUUGUGCCAAGUAUGCAAAGCCAUUUUGGAAGGCUAUGAUAAGUUCCGCGAAAUGUGCCAUGCCAACGAUAGAAUGUUCCAAGAGACGUUCCUCCAGGAUGGCGAUGAUUACCAAUCGAAGAAGCGAAAGAUCGAAGUGAAAGAUAAGUUCUUCGUGGUAGAAGACAAAGGUAGUCACACUGUUACGACGAUGGAAGUGGAACUGGGUGUGGAGCCCUGCGAGUGCACCGAUGAAUAUGAAACCACGUUGGAUGACCAGGAGAUCAAGAUCGAAGAGGUGGUUGUUGAGAAAUCACCCACAGAUGUGAAAAUUAUCUCGGAAAAUGAUUUGAGUCAAGACAUCGUCAUCGAAAUACUGCGAUCAGACCUGUCCUGCCAAAGGCUCAUCAGAGAAAAACUUUCCCAUGGAAUCUCAGUGGCCAACAAAGACAAAAGUCUCAUCUGUCGAACACUGUGCACGCCCUUGUUCGGUUCGAUGAUUGAACAUGGAAUUCCAGUAAGCUGGGAUAUCAAACUGAAACUGGCGCAGUGUAUCAUCGCGGCAUAUCCUUGCCUUGGAACGCAGGCUAGCGGAAUGCCAGCUGAGGCUGAAUGGUUUUGGCGGCACAGCGGACAUUCCAAGGGAGAGCACUCGGGAAAGAUACAUACCUGGAUUAGGAAUGCCCAGGCGAAGGCUCCGGCCAGUGUGCGGCGGAAACGUCGCGGCACCAAUCUGGACCUGACCGAUGUCGAGGCAAAUGCUGUCGAAAAGCUAUGCCUUCUGGACGAGCAGGCAAGUUACCGCAAAGUGAAUAAGUUGAUGAUCGAAACGUUCGCCUAUCGUCAGAAUCUGCGCGAUCCGAAGAGUGGCCCUUCGCACUUGUGUGCGGAGUUCCCCCAUCUGCUGUGGUAUGGUCCCGUGAUGAUUGAGGAAGAGUUCGAUCGAAUGCAUCCCAAUAGAAACACAAUUGGUACUCUGGCCUCGAUUUCCUCUCUGUGCUUGAUGCUUGAUCAUUCGUACAAUGAAAUAGCGUGUGAAACCAUCCAAGCUUUGAUGAAAGUGAUGGCCGAACUAACGCUGCAAGGGAACAUCCGUAAGGACUCAAGCUCAUCCGGGCUAUCCCCGCUGGAAGAGUACGCCUCGAUAUUCGUCCGCUGGCAGCAGCCCGAUACGGACUUGGACUACUUCGCCGAGAAUGUCCCCGGGGACCCGCCAUACAUCGUCUGCUCGGCAACGGCCUUCAGCGAGGGUCAGUACUUCGUGAUAAUCAUGAACACGGCCAUCGACUGCGGGUUCACGUUUGGGCGGGCUUUCGACGUUCUGCUGAAAUCGUAUAAGGUUUUCAACUUCCCGGUCCCGGGAAGGGCCAAAAAGGUGAUUGAGUUGUUCGAUCUGUUCUACGGCAUCCAGACGCACAGCAGACUGGCUAACGUUAACAAACUGUUUGACAAAAUCAGCAAGGCGUCCAAUCGGUUGCUCAAUUGAUUGCAGAAAACGCUGCCUAAAUUGCUAAGACUUAAACGCAUAGUAUGAAUGUCGAUGGUACAUGAUGAGAUAUAACUAGGUAUGUGUAUGUGUCUGAAGUGUGUGGUACGUAUAAGAAAACAAGUCGGUAUUUUCAACUUUAGUACGUGAUUCUUUGUCACAAAAUAUAAAGUUUUUAUGCAGUAAGAUGUACAAUA